AUGAAAGACAAGCAAGAUGAGACGGCCGACGCAAACACGGGGCUGCACGGCCACCGCCCGGCGCUCCAAGUCAUCUGUCUCGGCUCCGGCGGCGGGCCCAGCGAGGAGGACGUCACCGGCUUCUUGGUGCGCUCGAUAGCUAGUGACUGGGCGAAAGGCAGUCUGUUGGCUGUCGAUGCUGGGUCGCAUUUGGCGCCGAUUACCCGGAUAUUGGAACGAGACUUUCCGAGCGUGAGCGGGGGUGGACUGGGGAAUGGGAAGGGGGUGAAUGGGAGUACGCCGGAGCUGAGACAGAGUCUUGCACGGGCGUCGCUGUCGCCUAGUCCGGAGGACGAGGAGAUUGUGAAACCGGAACCUACGGUGUUGGCGAAGGGGCCUUUUGCCGGGUUGAAGUUCCCGAAUGAGUCGGCAAGGGCGAAUGCGCUGCAUGUGAUUCGGAACUAUGUGAAUACGUAUCUGAUCACGCAUCCGCAUCUGGAUCAUCUGUCGGGGUUUGCGAUCAAUACGGCGGCGUUCCAUGCUACUUCACGACCGAAGACGCUGGCGGCCUUGCCUUCGACCGUGGACGCUGUGAAACAGCACAUCUUCAACGAUGUCAUCUGGCCGAAUCUCUCAGACGAAGAUGGCGGCGUCGGCUUCGUCACCUUCCAACGCCUCAAAGAAGGCGGCGACGCCAUGGUCGGCGAAGGCGAAGGACGAGGCUACAUCGACGUCUCCGACGGCUUGGGUGUCCGCGCCUUCAAAAUCUCCCACGGCGUCUGCACCAAGAGCCCGCCCAGCCAUCACCACCGCGGCAGCAUCGCGGGCAUCUCCGACCUCCAACCCCCGCACAACGGCUCUUUUCAUGGUGAGCCCGCCAGCAUGACCCGGACGGUCUCGAUGUCGCAGAAUAGUGUCUACUCCGCGCCGGGCACGCCGGGUCUCACGCCCCGUCAGUCCUUCUACACCCCGCAACAACCUUCCCCGCGCAUGGCAGCCGCAGACGCCAACUCCUGCGUUGUGGACAGUACGGCCUUCUUCGUCCGCGACACGGAAUCCCACCGCGAAGUCCUGAUGUUCGGCGACGUGGAACCGGACUCCAUCUCCCUCUCCCCGCGCACGCUCGCCGUGUGGAAGGAAGCCGCGCACAAGAUCGCGCAUGGGUUAUUAGGAGGCAUCUUCAUCGAGUGCAGCUACGACGACUCGCAGGCCGAUGCUUUCUUAUUCGGCCAUCUGAACCCGCGCCAUUUGAUCGCGGAGCUGCAGACGCUCGCGUACCUGGUCCAGCAGGCGAAACACACGGUUCUGCAGGAAAAGGGGGCGAAGAAGCGGAAGCGCUCGGGGCCGAACGGGAGUGAUGUCGCCCGGCAUGCCAUCAGUGAGAGUGAUCGGAAGCGGAGUCGCAGUUUAGCCAGUCGAGGGGUUUUGGCGAGGGAUCAGAGGAGGGGGAGUGUGCCGGAUCAGAGUAUGCCGGACGCGGGUGCAAUGCCGCCGAGUCGGUUGGAGACGGAGACGUCGUCGGAGAGUCUGGAUCAAGUGCAGCUGGCGCAUUUGGAGCCCGUGUCGCCGAAAGCGGUGCAGGCGAAACCGCUUCCGCAUCCUGCUGCUGGUAUCCCUUCGAAGCAAGGCGGUACGGGUGCAGGCGACGCUGGAGUUGGACGAGGCGACGGCGGAGGUGGAGGGGUAGCAGAUCCCCCGCUCACGGGCAUCAAAGUCGUGAUCAUCCACAUCAAGGACACGAUGAAGGAUGGCCCGCACGUAAGGGACAACGUGCUCGCGCAGCUGAGGGAUUAUGAGGAGGUGCUGGAGAGGGAAGGACAGGGGCUGGGGUGUGAGUUUGUCGUUGCGCGGAGUGGGGAGAAUUAUUGGUUUUGA